UCUCGCUCCUCCAGCUUGCAAAAAACCGACGAGCAGUCGAGCCGAGCAGACUAUUUUUUAACUCUUUUUAGCCCAUUUUUAUUUAUUUUUUUACCUCCUUUGGACCAAAGUAUUGUGUGGAUAUAUUUGCAGACAUGUCAUCUGAGUACCGAACAGUGGAAGCCAUCCAGGGUCCAGACCAGCGUGGAGUCCACUAGCUGCCCGCCUCACAGGGUAGCGGCCCCGCCUCCUGCCAGGAUGCUACGGAAGAGCAGUGCCAUAGGCGGCAAGCGGCACACCAAUCAUGGCGCGGGCCGUCACCACUCCAACUCCCUCACGGGGUCCCUGUCGACGGGGUCCACCAAGACCUGGGACGGCGGCCGGUGCAGGGCCAGGGACCCGGGCCUUUUAAGCGACAUGGACUUGUCGGCUUACCCUGUCGGGGCGCCGGGAGCGGACCCGGAAUACGUGAUGCAGCUGGUGAACGACGUCAGGUGGUUUGCCAACAUCCUGCUGCGGCUCAAGGAGGCUUUCCAGAGUCCAGAGCUGGAAGAGGGUCUCCAGCAGGCAGUUCAGGAGCGCCUGGCGGAGCUGCUGCGCGUCCUCAAGGCCGUCAUCGGCAAGCAUCGGGCCCUCAACUCGGCGGACAUCCUGGGGAAGGCCGGCACGGUCAUCGCCAAGGUGAAAGGCAUCAACUUCAAAGACGUGAGACCAGAGAACCGAGACGCCUUUUUUGGCGAGAUUCACGCUUCCAUCGACACUUUGGCGUUCACGUUCGGCAAUGUAGUUUCUGACUUCCUUAUGGGCGAUGCGGACAACGGCUCAGGGUUGGGGACUCCCCAGACCAGAAGAAGCAGGUCUUUCGACAACCUCGCCGUGGACCCCGAAGAGUUUGUGCCGGAGAAGAAUGACCUCGCCGAGCCAGAUGUGCCUCGGACGCGGGAGAAAGAAGUUGACUUGACCCUGCUGAAGCAUGACAGCGGGGUGGAGUCGGCGCUGCUCUACGCCAAAGCCUGGUCCAAGUACAUCAAAGACCUGCUGGCGUGGAUGGAAAAAAGGCUGAACAUGGAUAUCGAGUACGCCAAAAGUUACGCUAAAUUAGCCGAGUCGGCCAAGACGCUGGCGACCCAACAGCACUACAUGCCCUUCAGCGAGACCUACAUAUCCGCCUUCAAAAAUGACACCGAAUACAACCAGCUGCUCAUGCAAACUGCCCUGGCCCUCCAGACCAAUAAAUUCAUGCAGCCUCUCAUGGUCCGGAAGAAUGAACUGGACAAGCUGAGGAAAGAUCUCAAGGAGCAGUGGCAGAAGGAGCAGAAGAAAAUGCACGAGGCGGACGCCAGCUUGCGAAAGGCUCGGGCGCUUAAAGCCCAGAGGAGAGAAGAGUACCAGAAGGCCCAUUUGUCUGCCAGCCGCUCCCUGGAGGAACAGCAGACCUUCAUCGGCAACAAGCAGCUGGAGAAGAAGAGGAAGCUGGAAGAGGAGGCCCUGCAGAAGGCGGAGGAGGCGCAGGAACAAUACCAGAGCUGCGUGGCUGACACGGACGUCAGGAGGAUGGACCUGGACAACAUCAAAGGCACCAUCCUCACUCAGAUCAGAGAGACCGUCUUCCAGUGCGACCUCACGCUCAAGGCGGUGACAGUGAACUGGUUCCAGAUGCAACAGGCUCAGACGGCGGCGCUGCCCGCUCACCACCAGGCCCUGAGCGACAGCGCCAAGCUGUACGAGCCAGGCAAGUGCUACUACCAGUUUGUGCGCCGCCUGCCCAAGAACCUGCCCAGGGAGCGUGUGCACUCAGACUCGGUCUCCUCCGACAGCACAAGGUUCGUGUUCACCAAGAGGUCCGUGGAAAGCACCCACUCCUCCCACGGCAACCUGUCGCAGGCCUCCUUCACCUCCUGCGACGUCCUCAGCGGGGACGAGGUGGACAGUCCGCUGCACCGGCCCAGGAUCGGCGAGUUGAGGUCCAACAGCAGCACGGACAUUCAAGGGCUGAGAAGCCAAGCCCCGCUCCGAGCCUGGACAUCCAGUAGUCCAAGCAGCCAGGGGGGGAUGUGCAGCGACUCCGAGAGCGCUGGAGGCAGCAGUGAGUCCAGGUCCAUGGACUCCCCUUCGGCCAGUCCAGGUGACUUCAAGCGACGUCUGCCCAGGACCCCCUCCACUGGCACCAUGUCUUCCGCAGACGACCUGGAUGAGAGAGAACCUCCGUCGCCUUUAGACAACGGUCUGGCAGAGAUGGUGACGGAGACGGCAAGCUCUCCCGGCCCUUUCCGAAACACUCAAAUGUCCAAAGCCGCCCAAACGCACAAGCUGAGGAAGCUCCGAGCACCGUCCAAAUGUCGGGAGUGCGACAGCCUGGUGGUCUUCCACGGGGCCGAGUGCGAGGAGUGCUCUCUGGCCUGCCACAAAAAGUGUCUGGAAACGCUGGCCAUCCAGUGUGGACAUAAAAAGCUGCAAGGCAGGUUGCAGCUCUUCGGCAUCAGCUUCGCCCAGGCGGCUAAGAACAGCGCCGACGGGAUCCCCUUUAUCAUCAAAAAGUGCACCUCCGAGAUAGAAAGCCGCGCCCUCAACAUCAAGGGCAUUUACCGUGUGAACGGCGCCAAGUCGCGCGUGGAGAAGCUCUGCCAGGCGUUCGAAAACGGCAAAGACUUGGUGGAGCUGUCUGACCUCUCGCCGCACGACAUCAGCAACGUCCUCAAGCUCUACCUGAGACAGUUACCAGAGCCGCUAAUCCUUUACCGCCACUACAACGACUUCAUCGGCCUGGCCAAGGAGUACCAGAGGGCGGUGGUGGAAGAGGCCGACGCCCUGCAGAGCGCACAGGUGGAAGGGGAGAAGCCCAGCAGCCCGAGCGUCCACCUCAACCGUGCGGUCCUGCGGAUCAGGGACCUGCUGCGUCAACUGCCCGCCGCCAACUACCGCACUCUGCAUUACCUCAUAGCGCACCUGAACAGAGUGGCCGAGCAGGCGGAGGAGAACAAGAUGACGGCGAGCAACCUGGGCAUCAUUUUCGGCCCCACGCUGGUCAAACCCCGGCAGGCCGAAGCCGAGGUGUCCUUGUCCUCCUUGGUGGACUACCCCUACCAGGCGCUCAUGGUGGAGUUGCUGGUGCGACACUUCCAGGUGGUGUUUGGCGGCUCGGACGCCUCCACCAGGCUGACCUCCCAGGAGAAGCUGCAGCGGCUCAGCAGACACUCCGCUUCUUUGAUGGACAUUAAAGAGAGUGCCAAAGUGUACAAGAGGUUCUCCUCCGUCAUCCCAUCCUCUCACAUCCUGGAUGAAGUCCAGGAGGUCCAGCCAGGCGCCGACAGGAGAGAAUCCUCAGAGGGACUCAACGGCGUCGCAGAGAUCGAGAGGUCCGACCUGGUCCCCAACCGUCCCGGUUCUGCCAGCUCCUCCCUGCCGCCAAAGGUCCACCUCCGAGCUCACCGCCCCCGCCUGGCGUCUCGGCCCAUCAGCAUGCCGCUGGAACGCCUGAUAAGCGAGCGGAGCGACAGGAACCCCGCGGCCGAAGCGGACUCGGCCGAGCGCCUGGACCCCGCGGUGGAAACGAUCAAGGAGGUGUCGGAACCGCAGUGGUCCGCCGGCUCGUCCCGCGUCAGCACCUGCUUCAUCACGCCGUUCAUCGACACCCAGGCCUUGCAGAGGCGGACGUGGGACAGGAAGUACAAACAUUACGACGUCACCCCCCGGACCGCCAUGAUCGUGGCCAAGCUGCCCAACGCCACGACCGGAGGGGCGUCGCCCACGACCGCCCGCCCCGCGCCAAGUACUAUUAGCACCGUGUUCCCCAAUAACCCUUACGCCGCUUGGACUUCCAAGCCAGACAAUGACGGCGACUCCUCCCCGCUAACGCUCAGACCGCCGAGAACUUUGCAGCCCCCACCGGAGACUUUCUACAAGCCCCCCGUCACCGCCAGCAGCAAAGUUUGGACUCUCCCCGACUGGACGAGCACCGCCGCCGCCAAUCAACCUCCCUCCCCGUUCCCCCCUAAGCUCCAGACACAGGACUCCACCGACAGCGCCAUCGACCCCGGGGUCACGACCUCCGCCUCGCUCUCGCCCCCCCAGUCGCCGCUGCCCAGCAGCCCCGACGACCUCGGCCCCGGCGAGACCAAACCCGUCUACCAAAGAUUGCGGCCUCGGCGGCUGCAGGAACUGGAGCACAGGGAGGCACACUUUGUCUGACCUUUUUCUUCCAGCAAACCCCCACCAUGAAAGUGUUCUAAGUACUAAUAAUAUAUUCUAUACUUAUCACUCUGGACAAAACCACUUUUCUUCUACUCCCACAACGCACUUAAAGCAGCUUUUAGUCUUUUUUUUGUACACAUUUUGACCCCUUUUUUUUUAAAUGUCGUAGUCUGAUUGGUACCUCUGUUAUGUAACCAGUAUUUAUCUUUUAUUAUUAUUUUCCCCCCCCCUCGUUCUACUCUCCAAAUCAUUCCUUCGUACUUGCAUGUUUGUUGCUCGUUUCCGUGAACUCGCAGACGACGGGCGGCAGUUCCCGCCGCAGAUUAAAAAAAAAUGACAUUUUUA